CGUGACGUCACGUUGCAACAGAAGAACAAUCAUUCUACGCCGCGCGAUGGUCGCUCCUGUCUGUAGAGAUUGUUAAGUUUAUGAAAGAUGUAACAGGCAAAAUGAGUCGUAUUGUCAAAGAUUUAGUCAUGUCGGAGGAAGAAUCGGAGCUGAAGAAAAGGGGAUAUUGUCUCGGAACUACCCUUGGAGAAGGUUCUUAUGCUAAGGUGAAGAGCGCGUUUUCCGAGAAGCUUCACAAGAGGGUUGCGGUCAAAAUUAUUAAUCGCAAACGCGCGCCAAAGGACUUUCGGGAAAAAUUUCUGCCGCGGGAACUUCAAGUGUUGAAAGUAGUGGAUCAUCAUAAUGUUAUCGCACUGUUUGAAAUCCUGGAGAUUCAUCACAAGUUAUACAUAGUGAUGGAGCAUGCAGGUCACGGUGACCUCUUGGAGUUUAUAAAAUUGAGGGGGGCCCAGUCUGAAGACCAAGCCCGCAAGAUGUUCAAGCAGAUGAUGGAUGGGAUAGAUUAUCUCCACCAGAAUCACAUAGCCCACAGGGAUCUCAAGUGCGAGAACCUUCUGCUAGACAGUGAGAACACAAUCAAGGUAUCGGACUUUGGCUUUUCCCGGUUCUAUGACAACGGAGUCACCAGUAAGACAUUCUGUGGAAGUGCUGCCUACGCAGCUCCGGAAGUUCUCCAAGGUAUCCCGUAUCACGUGCCUCUUCAUGACAUCUGGGCAAUGGGGAUCAUCCUCUAUAUUAUGGUAUGUGCCUCAAUGCCGUACGACGACUCCAACCUGAAGCGCAUGGUCAGAGACCAGACUGAGAAGAAGGUCAGUUUCUCCAAGUCCAAGAAGAUCUCCGUGGAAUGUAAGGAUUUGGUACACCGAAUACUCGAGGUGAACGUCAAGAAACGCGCCUCCAUUGCCAUGAUGUCGGAGCAUCCGUGGAUAAGAGGAGCCAGUGGCUCCGCAAGCACAUCAGUGAACCAGCCAUACCCGAUACAGCCAGUCACCAGCGAGGACAAGAAGAAGGACAAAGUGAGCGAAGACAAAGUGCGCGCAACAUUUAUGACUGACCUUCACCUUCGACCGGAAGAAAGAGAUGGCAAAAAGAAGUCCAAGGACAGAGUUGGAAAGAGUGAGACGCCGGAUAUGACGCUUCAGUCGGAGGCUAAAGCGUGAGUGCGGUUGAGUGAAUAUGUUCUCUAACGCUGUUAACGCGUUGUAAGGUUUUAUUGUUCGCUACGUCGGAAAAGUGCAAUAUCUGUUAAGAUUGUUUCAAUAUUUGUUGUUUUGUUUUCUGGUUUUAUGCUAAUGGUUGUAUUUGAAUAUGUCUGAUCAUGGUUAUGUGUACGUGGUUUGUACAAAAAUUGAACAUUCGGAUUCAAAGGCACUAUAAAAGUUUUAUAAUCAUGUAUGUAUCACAAAAGUAUUAUUUCUGUUUUGACAAAACAAAUUCCAUCUUGUGGUACAAUGCUGGUGUCGGGGGUGUGUGACUGCACGUAUUCAUAUAUGCCUUGUCUUGCUUUCGUUGAUUUGACUUUUAAUCUUGUCAUGCCUAUUGCUGUUAUUCUUGGUUUUUAAAGUGAGUGAGUGAGUUGGGUUUAACGCCGCUUUUAACAAUAUUCCAGUUAUAUCACGGCGUUGUUUUUUUAAAGACGGUAAUUGUUGUUUUAUUACUCUUAUUUUAUACAGCUUGUGUAUCUGUUUCAUUAACCAUUGUUACAUGCAAAUUGUUACGAUUCAAAAGUUGUCCAAUUAUACGUAGCAUAACUCUAAGUGCGCGUUUGCAUGUCCGUGAUCCAAGUACAGAAAAGUUUUUGCGUAUGCGUGCGCGCGCUUGUGUGUGUGUGCGUGUGCGUGCGUGUAUGUGCGUACCUGCAGCUGUGUGAGAGUGAAUAAAAGAGAGUCCACCUUUUUGAUAGUUUUAAAUAUUAUUAUUUUAGAUAAAUUUGUUGUACACAGAAACCUCGGUAAUCCAGACCCCUUAAUUUUGGAAUCCCCUCCUUGAACGCCUACAUACUGGGGGACUUAACAUUAAAUCAAUUAUUCUUUUGUACAGACAUUUGUUAAAUCCGGGCGAUUUAUCAUCCGGAUUAACGAGGUUUUACUUUAAUCACUUAGCGCUGUGUUAGGUGUCUUAACGUGUUACUUUUAAAUGGUUUUCUAUUGUGAUGUUAUUUACCCAUUGUUGUUAUUUUAAGCAUCUGUGUGAUACCGUCAUGCACGUGUGUGUGCGCGUGUACUGUACCAAUCGUUAUUCACGCGUUUCGAAGGUUAUUACAAAUGAAUGCAUGAAUUUUACUUUUGUCAAAAUAAAUUGUGAUAAUAAAUUGUUUUCUAUACAA